AUGAAAGGAUAUGUGCUCCUUCUCUUCCUGGCUUUGUGCUCUGCUAAGCCUCUCACUGGUCCUUCCUAUUUAACGCUAAAGAAUGUGAUGCUCCAAGAUAUGGAGGAGGAAGAGGAGGAGGAGAAGGAGGAGGAGAAUUCUCUGUUUCCAACCACAGAACCAAUUAUACCUUUUGAUCUCUUCUCAAUAUGCCCCUUUGGAUGCCAGUGCUAUUUGAGAGUUGUCCACUGCUCUGACCUGGGAUUAACAUCAAUACCACGUAACAUUCCACCAGAUACUCGCAUGAUCGACCUCCAAAACAACAAAAUUAGAGUAGUCAAGGAAAAUGAUCUCCAAGGACUCACAUCACUUUAUGCACUGGCUUUGAACAACAAUAAAAUAUCCAAGAUCCACCCAAAAGCCUUUCUACCAACAAAAAAGUUACGACGCCUGUAUUUGUCUCAUAACCAGCUAACUGAAAUCCCAACAAAUCUACCAACAUCUUUAGCAGAGCUCAGAAUUCAUGCUAACAAGGUGAAGAAAAUCCACAAAGAAGCCUUUAAAGGAAUGAAGUCUUUACAUGUUUUGGAAAUGAGUGCCAAUCCUAUAAACAAUGAUGGAAUAGAGCCAGGAGCUUUUGAAGGAGUAAAUAUCUAUCAUAUAAGAAUUGCAGAAGCUAAAUUAACUUCAAUUCCUAAAGAACUUCCCUCCAGUCUCCUAGAGCUUCAUUUAGAUGACAACAAGAUCACAACAAUUGAACUUGAGGAUUUUAACCGCUAUAAAGACCUUCAAAGGCUAGGCCUUGGGAACAAUAAAAUCAAGGAUGUGGAAAAUGGAAGUUUUGCCAACAUACCACGCGUACGUGAGAUCCAUCUUGAAAAAAAUAAGCUCAAGAAAGUUCCUCCUGGACUACCCAGUCUGAAAUAUCUGCAGGUAGUCUUCCUCCAUUCCAAUCAUAUUGCAAAACUGGGAGUGAAUGACUUCUGUCCAAUAGGAAGAAGAAAGAAAAAAGCGUUAUACAGUGGUAUCAGCCUCUUCAACAAUCCUGUAAAGUACUGGGAGGUUCAGCCUUCGACUUUCCGUUGCAUUUUAGCCAGAAACAGUGUACAACUUACAAAUUUCCUUAAGUAAU